UGCGGCCUAGCUCGGUUCCGUCUCCUGCGCCCGCGGCCCCGGCAGCUGCCGGCAACCCAGCCCCACUUCGGGCCUCCGUGUCUCUCCUGUGAUCGUACUGACACGGCCGGGGGGUUAGAAUGGAACAAACUGAAGGCUCGAUGAGAGAAAGGGAAAGUUAAGGAUGCUGGAGCAGAACAAUGGAUUUCUCCUUCUCUUUCAUGCAAGGGAUCAUGGGAAACACAAUUCAGCAACCACCUCAACUCAUUGACUCCGCCAACAUCCGCCAGGAGGAUGCCUUUGAUAACAACAGUGACAUUGUUGAAGAUGGUGGCCAGACACCCUUCGAAGCUACUUUGCAACAAGGUUUUCAGUAUCCACCGACAACAGAAGACCUUCCACCACUCACAAAUGGCUACCCACCAUCGAUCAGCUUGUAUGAAACUCAAACCAAAUACCCGCCAUAUAAUCAGUAUCCCAAUGGGUCAGCCAACGGUUUUGGUGCAGUUAGAAACUUUAGCCCCACUGACUAUUACCACUCAGAGAUUCCAAACACAAGACCACAUGAAAUUCUGGAAAAACCUUCUCCUCCACAGCCCCCACCUCCUCCUUCGGUACCACAAACUGUAAUUCCAAAGAAGACAGGCUCACCUGAGAUUAAACUAAAAAUAACCAAAACUAUCCAGAAUGGCAGGGAAUUGUUUGAGUCCUCCCUUUGUGGAGACCUUUUAAAUGAAGUCCAGGCGAGUGGGCACACGAAGUCAAAGCAUGAAAGCAGAAAGGAGAAGAGGAAAAAAAGCAACAAACACGAGGCAUCCAGAUCUGAAGAGCGCAAGUCACACAAAAUCCCCAAAUUAGAACCAGAGGGACAAAAUAGACCAAAUGAGAGGGUGGACACUGCACCAGAAAAACCAAGAGAAGAGCCAGUGCUCAAAGAGGCCGUCCCGGUUCAGCCAAUACUGUCUUCUGUUCCAACAACAGAAGCAUCCACUGGUGUUAAGUUCCAGGUUGGUGAUCUUGUUUGGUCCAAGGUGGGAACCUAUCCUUGGUGGCCUUGUAUGGUUUCAAGUGACCCCCAGCUUGAGGUCCAUACCAAAAUUAACACAAGAGGUGCCCGGGAAUAUCAUGUCCAGUUUUUUAGCAACCAGCCAGAGAGGGCAUGGGUUCAUGAGAAACGGGUACGGGAGUAUAAAGGUCACGAACAGUAUGAAGAGUUACUAGCCGAGGCAACCAAACAAGCCAGCAAUCACUCUGAAAAACAAAAGAUUCGGAAACCUCGGCCUCAGAGAGAACGUGCCCAGUGGGACAUUGGUAUCGCUCAUGCAGAGAAAGCAUUGAAAAUGACUCGAGAAGAAAGAGUAGAACAGUACACGUUCAUCUAUAUUGACAAGCAGCCCGAAGAGGCUUCAUCCCAAGCAAAGAAGAAUGUUACCUCCAAGACCGAAGUUAAGAAACCCCGAAGACCAAGAUCUAUGCUGAAUAGUCAGCCAGAACAGACCAAUGCUGGGGAGGUGGCCUCCUCACAAUCAAGUACUGACCUUCGAAGACAAAGCCAGAGGCGGCACACAAGUGUGGAAGAGGAAGAGCCACCUCCUGUUAAAAUAGCCUGGAAAACAGCAGCCGCAAGGAAGUCCUUACCAGCUUCCAUCACAAUGCACAAAGGGAGCCUAGAUUUGCAGAAGUGUAACAUGUCUCCAGUUGUGAAAAUUGAACAAGUGUUUGCUCUUCAGAAUGCCACAGGAGAUGGGAAGUUUAUUGAUCAGUUUGUUUAUUCCACGAAGGGAAUUGGUAACAAAACAGAAAUAAGUGUCAGGGGGCAAGACAGGCUUAUAAUCUCUUCACCAAGUCAGAGAAACGAGAAGCCAGCUCAGAACUCGUCAUCUCCUGAGGCGACAUCUGGUUCUGCAGGCCCAGUAGAAAAGAAGCAGCAAAGAAGAUCAGUCAGGACUCGAUCUGAAUCAGAGAAAUCCACUGAGGUUGUGCCAAAGAAGAAGAUCAAAAAGGAGCAGGUUGAAACAGCUCCUCAGACUGCCCUGAAGACUGGAUUACAGAAAGGUGCCAGCGAGAUUUCAGAUUCCUGUAAGCCUCUAAAGAAAAGGAGUCGAGCCUCAACUGAUGUAGACACUGCUAAUUCCGCAUACCGAGACACAUCUGACUCCGAUUCUCGAGGACUGAGUGAUCUGCAGGUAGGCUAUGGAAAAGAAGUGGAUAGCCCCUCCGCUGCGGCAGAUGCAGAUGCUUCCGACUCACAGUCGGUGGACUCAAGUUUGUCACGGAGAGGCGCUGGCAUGAGUAAGAAGGACACUGUGUGUCAGAUCUGUGAAACCGCUGGUGAUUGUCUGGUUUCUUGUGAAGGGGAGUGCUGCAGACACUUUCACUGGGAGUGCCUGGGCCUGACUGCAGUCCCUGAGGGAAGAUUCAUCUGUGAGGAGUGUAAAACGGGGCAGCACCCAUGUUUUUCAUGUAAAGAGUCUGGUGAGGAUGUGAAACGUUGUUCUGUCAGUGUUUGUGGGAAGUUUUACCAUGAAGCCUGUGUCCGAAAGUUCCCCACUGCCAUCUUUGAGUCAAAAGGGUUCCGCUGUCCCCAGCACUGCUGUUCUUCCUGCUCCAUGGAGAAAGACAUCCACAAAGCAAGUAAAGGACGGAUGAUGAGGUGCUUGAGGUGUCCAGUCGCCUACCACUUUGGAGAUGCGUGUGUUGCUGCUGGAAGCGUCUCUGUGUCCUCCCACAUUCUCAUCUGUAGUAACCAUUCCAAACGGAGUAGUCAUUCUGCUGCUGUAAACGUAGGCUUUUGUUUCGUUUGUGCCAGAGGGCUGAUAGUUCAGGACCAUUCAGACCCCAUGUUCAGUUCCUAUGCCUAUAAAUCUCACUACCUACUGAACGAAUCAAACCGUGCUGAGUUGAUGAAAUUACCUAUGAUUCCUUCUUCGUCAGCUUCCAAAAAGAAAUGUGAGAAAGGUGGAAAACUGCUCUGUUGUGAAUCGUGCCCUGCAUCCUUCCACCCAGAAUGCCUGAACAUAGACAUGCCAGAAGGCUGCUGGAGCUGCAAUGACUGUAACGCUGGCAAGAAACUGCAUUACAAACAGAUUGUAUGGGUCAAACUGGGAAAUUACAGAUGGUGGCCUGCAGAGAUCUGCAGUCCCAGGUCGGUGCCACACAACAUCCAGGGCCUUAGGCAUGACUUGGGGGACUUCCCUGUGUUCUUCUUUGGUUCUCAUGACUACUACUGGGUACACCAAGGCAGAGUGUUCCCCUAUGUGGAGGGAGACAAAAACUUUGCUGAGGGACAGACUAGCAUUAACAAAACCUUCAAAAAAGCACUGGAAGAAGCUGCAAAGCGUUUCCAGGAGUUGAAAGCACAGCGAGAAAGUAAAGAGGCUCUAGAGAUAGAGAAGACCUCAAGAAAACCCCCUCCCUACAAACACAUCAAGGCUAACAAAGUGAUAGGAAAGGUCCCGAUCCAGGUGGCCGACCUGUCGGAGAUUCCCCGCUGUAACUGCAAGCCUGCUGAUGAAAACCCUUGUGGCUUGGAGUCAGAAUGUUUGAACAGAAUGUCGCAGUAUGAGUGUCACCCACAGGUGUGCCCUGCUGGGGACCGAUGUCAGAAUCAGUGUUUUACCAAGAGGCUCUAUCCCGAUGCAGAGAUCAUCAAAACCGAGCGGAAAGGCUGGGGCCUCAGAACCAAAAGAAGCAUUAAGAAGGGUGAAUUUGUAAAUGAAUAUGUUGGUGAAUUAAUUGAUGAAGAAGAAUGCAGACUUCGAAUCAAGCGAGCACACGAGAACAGUGUAACUAAUUUUUAUAUGUUAACUGUUACCAAGGACCGAAUAAUUGAUGCUGGACCAAAAGGAAAUUAUUCUCGUUUCAUGAACCACAGCUGUAAUCCAAACUGUGAGACACAGAAGUGGACAGUAAAUGGAGAUGUUCGAGUUGGACUGUUUGCUAUUUGCGAUAUCCCUGCAGGGAUGGAGUUAACAUUUAAUUAUAACUUGGACUGUCUGGGCAACGGCAGGACAGUGUGCCACUGUGGAUCAGAUAACUGCAGUGGCUUUCUAGGAGUUCGACCAAAGUCUGCAAGUGUGGCCACAGUUGAUGAGAAGACAAAAAAUGCCAAGUUAAAGAAAAGACGGAAACUCAGAACAGAGCCAAAGCAGAUCCAUGAGGAUUACUGUUUCCAGUGUGGAGACGGGGGAGAGCUGGUCAUGUGUGACAAAAAAGACUGUCCCAAAGCAUACCACCUUCUAUGCCUUAACCUGACUCAGCCACCAUAUGGAAAGUGGGAGUGUCCGUGGCAUCAGUGUGACAAGUGUAACCGUGCAGCCGUUUCCUUCUGUGACUUCUGCCCACACUCAUUUUGUAAAGAUCAUGCGAAGGGGGCUCUUGUGCCCUCUGCACUAGAAGGUCGCCUCUGCUGCUCUGACCACAACCCUGAAUCUCCUGUAUCACCAGAAUAUUGGAGCAAGAUCAAGUGUAAACGGGAAUCACAAGAUCAUGGAGAAGAAAUCAAAGAAUGAGUGGUGGUGAUUUCUCCCUUGAUGUUCUAAAUGGAAGAAGCAGAUAGACGCUGCAUUUAAAACCAAGCGAUGCUAGUGCGCUUGCCCUUGGACUGCCUUACAAAGGGAAGAUAGGAACCAGUUCACAUAGGCUAAGCAGGUGGUGUCUGCUCUCUCUAAUUCGUUUUGUUGGUUUGGGGGUAAUUUUGUGGACAGUGAAAUUCCCUUGGUCUUACCUUUUAUUGUGCUUCAGUGUCUUUGCAACUAGCAAAAGAGGUGUCCCCAUUUUUAAAAGAGAGAGAGAGAGAGAGAGAGAGAGAGAGAGAGAGAGAAAGUUCUGUCAAUAAGAUCAAUUUGGUAAAGCCUAAGAUGCAAUCCUUGGUUAUAAAAAGCAAAAUUAGCCAUUCCUUUAUUUAUUUUCAUUUUUAGGAAAUGUGAGAAGUUUAGUUCCAACAAUAUAACCUCUGAGAGAGAGAGAGAGAGAGAGAGAGAGAGAGAGAGAGAGUGUGUGUGUGUGUGUGUGUGUGUGUGUGUGUGUGUGUACCUUUAUAUACCUCUUUACUGAGCCGUAGCUAGGCUAACUUCCUUCUCCCCAUGCCUUCUGUAGUCUCAGACAAGGCUCUCAGCAAGUAUUCAGUCUGGCCUCUUGGAAAUGAAUGCCUUGAGAGCUUUUACCUCUGAGGCCUUAAACUAGGUGAGCUACAUGAUGUGGUAACCACCUGGAAAUGUGUGUGGGGGAAGUGUCCAGUAGGGGAACGGGAGUGAAAUGCACUCACUGAUUUUGACUGUUAUCCGUUUACAGGUUUUCGGAUAGAGUGCAUUUGUGGGGAUGUGGAUACAUAGGAGGGUGCUCACCCCUGUCACCCUGACACAUUGGCAAGGAGCACAGACCAAAAGCUGGAUCAUAUAUGCACCAUUUUCUGACCACCUAGUGUAGACUCCAGCCUUACUUGGAAUUUAAGGGCAUUUGAUUUUCUGUCUUUCUUCUGCCACUCAUGUCCUCUCUGCCAGAUGAUCACUGUUUCCUGGUAGAGCUAUGUAAUUGAAUCUGACUAUCUUAAGAUUUUUUUUUUUCAGUUGGUUUCCUAUCUUGGGGGUGGUGAAAGUAGACAGAGACAUCCCCAAGUUUUUUGUUUUUUGUUUUUGUUUGUUUGUUUGUUUUUUCAAGACAGGGUUUCUCUGUGUAGCUUUGGAGCCUAUCUUGACACUCACUCUGUAGACCAGGCUGGCCUCAAACUCACAGAGAUCUGCCUGCAUCUGCCUCCCGACUGCUGGGAUUAAAGGCAUGCGCCACCAAUGCCCGGCUCCAAGUUCUUUGUGUACAAUUUUUUCUUAAUAUUAUACAAUGCUUAAAAUUUUCCCCAUUGAGUAAGGGAAGAACUUUCACAGGGUAUGUAAGAGCUGCGGAGAUGCACUUCAUCUUAGAAAGCACUUAAGAAUGCUUACUCCCAAGAAAGUUGGUGUUUGAAAACAUGGCUGUGAUGUUUGAAUAGAACAGACUCGAGCAUACCAAGGUGUCUGCCCACAGAAUUCACCUGCAUCUAGCACUUAGGAAUGUAUCCAUUCCAGUAUUACUUGUAUGAAAACAUGUGAGACACUAACAUCACACUAAGUAGACGCCUCGUGUUACUGUGAAACAUGAACUUUCUUAGUGAGUUUUAACUGCUUGCCGGCAGGCAGUGCACAGUCAGGGUUAUCCUCCUUAACAACCUAGCACUUCCUUAACAACGUAGGGUGGAAGAUGCUCUCCCACACCCUGGAGUUGUGUCAAGUGUGUUUGUUCCUUUUUUAAUUUUUUACAAAUCAAUUCAGACCUCUUUCUCUGGGUGAAAGAGCAAUUUUGUGCCUCUUCUUUUUAUAUAUAUAAAUGUGCAAUUUAUAGACAACAGACACUACAGUUUCCCUCUGUAAGCUCCUAAACUGCCACCUACCUGGAUGUAGCACUUCUAGUAAUUCUGUGGUUAGACAAGCUCCCACGAGGAGGAAGACAGGAUGUUGCAUGGCGCCCAGGGCAGUCACUCUGACUGAUGUGAAGCAUAGCCCAUGCAAACAUUAUACUUGCUCCUUAGCAAUUACCAAGUUUGAUGUCCUUUAAAAAAUAAUGUAAGAAUAUCUGGGUUCUAUCAUACUAAAAUAUUAUUUUAUACAAAUAUGAUAAACAUUUUUUAAAUUCACUGAUAAAGGGUUUCCUUUGAUAUUCCAAAUGUAACUCUUAUGAGAACAUUAUGUCCAAUAUGAAAUUGUAUCUUGUUUCCCUUUUGACUUUAUGCUUUUUUAGUAUUGGAUAACUUUUAUAUAGUAAGCCCCAAGGUGCAUCAUGUAUUUAUAAAUACCUUAGGUUGACCUGUCUCUACUCUUUGGUGUGGCUAUUUGUUUUUCUAUCUCUAAAAGAGCUUUGCAAAACUUCUCCAAUCUCUUCUCUUCUGAUGACUAAUAGGAUUGUUCUGUUUCGGAAGCCAAGGUGUGGUUCAGAAAGUUCAGCAUAGCCCACAAGUUUUCAGUGCUCCAAACUUGGCUUUUCUGUGCCAAUGCAAGGGCAUCUUCCUGGGCCUUUGUGGCCUAGGUCUGUCUUUGAGUUGAGGGAGAAAAAAGCAGAAGGCUCCUUGACUGUGUAAGUAUGCACAUAUACACCAUGCUUUCCUGUCCUACAUCUGAGUAUAUCCUGAAAGGCACCAUGCUUACUGGUAUCUGAAACUAGCAUUCAUUAGCUUUUAAGUCUGUAUGUAUUAUGAAGUAUUUGGGACUGGUUUUAUUCAGUCCAGAAAUGAUAGCACUUGGAGCAGCAUGGACUGAUGGUGAUAGUUUUCACCUCAUUCUGAGUCUUUGGAGGAAGAUGAGAAACUGGGUUAGUAAGAGCUGGAGAUGAUGUCAUGAAGCCAUCACAGGCCCUGUGCUUGGAGGCCACCCUGGGCUACCAGAGUAGCUGCGUGUGCCCUGCUGAGGAAGGAGCAGGUGCUCUCACUGCCGGUGUGCUGAAGCAGCCAUUCACCUCUUUAAUCUCCUCAGUGUUGCAGAUCAGAGUGGACUGGAUUUUCUCUUUACCUUUGCACUGCAAGCCCUACUCCACUUUCAUUCUCAGAAAACUAUCUUCCCUAAGCUGUAGAAUAGACUGAGUUUGGGAGCCAUGGGAACGUGGAGAUUUCUGUGUUAUAUAGAUAACAUAUAAUAUAUAAUAUAUAUAUAUAUACAUAUAUAAGUGAGUUAGCAUACUUGAAACUAAAAAAGGUUGUGGAAGGGACUGCAGCUAGCUGCUGUCCCUUCUGCCUGCCACAGUAUUUGCAAGUGUGUCUGUAAGUGAUGUGGAACCGAGAGACACUGAGUGUCUGUCUUGUGAAACACUCAAAUGGGUGGGGCUAGUGGACAACUCUCAUGAAGUAGUUUCUGUUUUGAGUUCUUUCUUAUGCCAUAAGUUCUGUUAGACCUGCAGAUUGAAGUCAUACUGUCAUCUACUCAAAAUGUAGACCCUGGUUCCCCAGAACCUGCUGCUUAUCUGUCAUUUUAUUUUAAACACAACACUCCUCCUGCAGCAUACAUUCUCCACAAAGCUGAGGUGCUUCCAGCUCUGUAUCAUGUCUUAAUGGGAGAGGAAAACAAAUUGUCUUUGAGUCUCCCAGCUUGGGUAAACUUGUAGUUUCUAUGUCUCUCAUGAGAGUACAAACACAUUGGGAAGUUGCUUUAUUACUAGACUUGAAUUCUUCCUCACAUGCCUGUUGCAUCUGACGACCCCCUAACUCUGCUAAGCUGCUGUAGACAGCAUGGGAAGUGAUCAGAUGGACAGGCCCUUCACGAAGGACCAGCCAGCCUUGGUCUCUGGUUAUUUGUAAACAAAAGUAGACCUUGGUCCAUUUUCAGUUGGACUCAAGGAGUAAAUGUAGACAUCUUUACAAUGGUUAGCAAACACUGAAAAGCUGGACAUUUGUAUGUACUGAAACAUCACCAAGUUUUACCUUGGGUAGGGUACUGGGGAUCUUGAGAGAAAGUAAUAGAGCAAGGAAGGGCAAUGGUGAGUGUUGGUCACAGGCACAAUGUUGUCCCUAUAACACUGAGACCUCUGCCUCAUUGAAUGCCGGUUCUUCAAGUACUUGAGACCCUCCAGGUUCUCAUUACAGUUCCUUAAGUGACAGGGUGGAAAGCACUGCUUUGUAUACUGUCAAGAAUAAAGUUCUUCCAGUGGGAGCGUAGCUAUCUUAGAUUUGUUGGUACCUUUGGGGAAGAGACCUGCAGGAGAUAUCAACAGCAUUUUUAGAAAUAAUUUCCUAUGGUUUUGUUUUAUCUUUUUUGUUUGUUUGCUUCAUCUCAAGUAUCUCUUUUCUCCUUUUAAUAUAUGCCUGGGUGGGGGUGGGGGUGUGUGUGUGUGUGGAGAGGGUGGAGUGUUUGCAUUUAUGUUACACUCCGGAAAUGCUAUGUGUAAUCUUGUUUCAAAAAACCAUUUCUGCUGCCAGGCAUGGUUGCUCAUGACUGUAAUCCCAGCACUCCAGAAGCAGAGGCAGGAGUACGUCUGUGAGUUCAAGGCCUACUUAAUGAGUUCCAGGACAGCUAGGGCUAUUCAGAAACCAUGUCUCAAAAGGAAAAAAGAAGAAAAGAAAAAAAAUUAUGUUGUUUGCUUUUGUCAAGCCAUUGUCAAAAUGGCAAAUGUGAGCACUUGUACCUGUGUUGGGGGGAGGGAGGAGAAAAGUGUUGCUUGUCCUUUAGUAGACUCUGAAAGUCAUUAAUGUGUGAGUUGAAGGGGGAAUAGAAGUUGCCAAAGUCAGUAUUCAGUCCUUGGUUUUCCCUUGACUUCAUUAGUCUGCUAAGGGAUUAGAGGCACCCCAGCUUCCACUGUCUGUUUCCCUACCUGCUGACAGAGCCUUGGUGUGUGCAAAUGGCCUUCAAGUAUUUGCCAGUUUGCCUGGAUAGGGAUUCUUGUCAGUUAAAAGGAAUGAGGAAAUUUUACAUUUGUUUUUGUUGUCAACUAACAUCUCUUUUUUGUUGUUGUUGUUAUGUACCCUACGGUAACUGUACUGCCAAUUAUAACCAGGAUGCUAACUGAUUACAACUGGCUAAAAAGAUCUUUUUAUAUACAAAGAUUUGUGUAUAUUUUGAAUUGAUAUGGCAAAUUCAUGUGUGUCCAUUUGAAUAUUAUUCAAUAAACAAAUACCUGCAGAUUCCACCUUCA